GGGGGGGGAGCCGCCAACCUCGAACUUAAAACUUACACUCACUAUUUUCUUCGAAAACAUACGUGAGUUCCACAAAAAUAAAUAAAUGAGCUCGGAUAGAGAAGAAUGAUCCUGAAGAUCAUGAUGCUGGUGAACAGUGAAAGAAACUUCGAUAAACUGAAAAUAUCUAUGUAUUGAUAUCAUAUCAUCUAAAAAUUAAUCGCAACAAUAAGCAGGAACAAAAAGAAUACAGAGAAUACGUAAAUUAAAGAGAGAGAGGAAACUUCAGAGUAGAACUAUGAUCAAUCAAAGUGGUUUCUUCUUUUUUCUUCUCAGCAAUUGACGUAUAUAUCGAUCUCAUAGCUCAAUUAUGCAAAAAUAAACACAAUCGAUGGCAUUUUCUACUAUAAAUAGCUAUAAAGAAGAAUAGUCAAAAUAGGAGAUGAAAUGCUUUGAAAGCUUUUACAAUGGAAAACAGUACUGCUAGCUGAUUCAACACGAUGAAAAAAGUAGAUGGAUACGCUAAACUUGUUUUCAUUGAGCAUAUAAAAAAAGACGGUAUUCACUAACAUGAAAAAGCUAUAACAAUUUGAUGUAAGAGUUUCAUGAUAGAUAGCGUAAUGGUUGAAGUACAUGAUAAUGUAAUUUGAGUCUAUAUUACUACGACAACUGUAGAAAAGACGCAUCGAAAAAAAAUAUCGUUUAAAAAGAGACCGAUAAUGUUUUUUUCUAUUGAAUAGUCUUCAUGUAAUCAGAUGCUUCUUGAGUUGCUCUAUCGUAUAGCUUAAAGUCCAAAUUUAGUAGCUAUUUAUGGUCAAUAAUUAUUCAAAAGGAUUGUGAUUAGUAUUUUAAAAAGUCAGGUAAUAUCUCUAGUGGAAAAUUUUGAAAUUGUAUUUGAAAGAGAAUUUCAACUAGAAUUAUCACAAAAAUGAAAUUAUUCAAUAGACAAUGAAACAUAUUGAACGAUCUAAUAAUAUAUGCGUGGACUUAUCAGUAGAUCUUUACAUGCUGCGUAUAAUAUAGGUUCAUUGAUGAUCAUAACGAUACUCUACAGAUGAUGAGUGCUCACAUUUAGAGAAAAAAUAAAGAACAAACAGAUACAAGUAGCUUUAGAAAAAAAUCAUAACAUUAGUAGGAUUCUAUUACUUUUUCUAUUGUAGUAUUCAUUAUUGAACAUCGGAGGAGGUUCGAAGAACACGAAGUUAUCUGAUGUUAUCUCUGACUUCUUAGAAGUUGUUCAUGCAAUAUACACAAGUAGACUGAAAUCGUUUGUAUAUGAUCCACAGAAGAACGAUACAAUUGUAGAAUGAUGUAUAUCUUUGUAGGCUAGUCGAUUGUCAAUCAAUUCUUACGUAAUACUAAGUCAAACAUCUUUUAUUAACCACCAAGUCUAUCGUCUUUUCGUUAAGAAUAUCAACUAUAUUUAAUCGAAAGUCAGAAAUAAUGAACAUAGAAAAGAAAUGAAGUUCUGCUUCUAGUUUUGUUUUGAAAAAAAUAUAUCAUAGAAAAACAAUCCUUGCUCCCUCAUUCCCUCGACUGUAGGAAGGGUCAUAUGAAAAAAAAAUAAAUUGGUGACGGCCCUUGUAACAAAGGUCAAAAAAACAUAUAUGAGAGGUCAGCUUAUUUUAAGACUUUUCGACAUUUUGAUGAAACUUAGCUACAGGUUAACGAUGGCCGGGAUUCCAAAUCUGAGGUCAGAUUUCACGUCCGGCCUUCUCAUUGGCCAGGUAGCCGGCCAAUCAGCAAUCAGCUUUUUUGUUGUGAGUUAUCUGGGCGCUUUGAUGAAACUUUACUAUAGGUUAUCGAUGGCCAGGAUUCUAAAUCUGCGGUCAGAUCUUACGUCCGGCCUUCCCAUUGGCCAGGUAGCCGGCCAAUCAGAAAUCAGUUUUUUUGUUGUGAGCUAUCUGGGCGUUUUGAUGAAACUUCACUAUAGGUUGUCAAGGACCAGGAUUUCGGAUGUGAGGUCGAGUUUUACAUACGGCCUUCCUAUUGACUAGAGAGCUGAGAAAUCAGAAAUGAGCUUUUUUGUGGUGAGCUAUCUGGGCGUUUUGAUGAAACUUUACUAUAGGUUAUCGAGUGCCAGGCUUGCGAAUCUGAGGUCGGAUUUUACACUGUAAGAAGGUUGAAAGAAGUAAAUCGGGGUUCGAGUAUCCGAAUCUGAAGUCGGUUUUUCGAAAUUGUGAGUUCGAUUUUUUAGGUGAAAGAAAAGGUUUUUUUGCGAAAAAAACGACGCUUUAGAAAAGUUGGGGAGCCUAAAUCGACGUUCGGGCAUCCAAGUGUUUUGUAUAUUGCUGGAAGUUGGUGGCUAUAACUUUAUAAUCAGGGUAAGGUUUUAUGAGAAAACAAUGAGUUUCCGCUGUGCUGAACAUUGAAUGGCAUGAAGUAAAAUCAGCUUGUGAGCUGGCAGUGAUUGGAAGGGUAACGUAUUCAGAUGUGUUAGCGAGAUUACAGACUCGACAAGCUCACUGACGUGAACUGUAUCUGAGAUUUUUCUACGGUAUAGGGAUGGGGUGUCGAUGUGAGGCAGACCUAGAUCAAUCCACUCAGGCACAUACUUAUACCGACAUCGACACCCAAGUGAAAAAGUGUUCCCAAUACCCAAAUUCACGUUUAAGUCAAUUCGAUAUGAUCGGUAUCUAAGCCCACUCACGAUGCGUCUUUUUCUGGCUUACUAUUACAUUAUUCGCAUUUGUUUUUCAGCAGAAGUUCUGACACAUGGAAUUUCUCGCCACUAUGACUUGAAGAAGGUACUAUAAACAAAUAUAUAAAAAUGAGAUCACAUUUUUUUAUGGCUAAAAGAGAAUAACUAGCUACUGCUUAGGUGUGUUCAAAUAGUAGAGCGACUAGCCGCUCCUGUUGCAGGUUCACUGUUGUUUCGCUUUAGAAAUGACCUAUAUAAAGGCUAGGCUUUUUGGGAGAAUAUUACACUCAGAUUCUCUUAAUGAGAAAUUUAAGUAAACCUCUGAUUGGCUAGCUAGGCAAUGAAAUUAAAGACAUAAGAAAUAGUUCACAACAAACUUUCGGCUUUGGAAUUACUCGUGGAGAAUUCUCGUGUUAUAAUUCUAACGCCUUUUUGAACUAAGCGAAAUCUAGAAUCAGAUAGGGUAUAAAUCAAAGAGAAUGAUCUUAUGCCGGAAUAGAAUAAAGCAUGGCAGCGGCUAGCCGCUAGUGGGUGCCCCAAAGGGUCACCGACGAGCGACUAGCCGCUGCUCUGAGAAAUUUCCUGAAGGAAUGCAUCAGGUUGUUGCAAUCCAUCCGAAAAAUAUCUACAGUUUAGAUCUGGUGAAUUCAAUAGAAACCAGAACUGGCCAAAAAGACUAACAAGUAUUUUCGAAUGAAAUGUGAGAACAGUUUUGCUGCACAUGCACAGUGUUUGAAUAGAAGAUUUGACGAAAACAUCAUGCAAAGAAUUCAGUUCAGUCCAUUUGAAGUAGAUUUAAAUGAAAUAAAAUAAGAUUUUCUGCCAUUAUGUGUCCGUGUCUGUGUGCAUUUAUUCGUCUAAGUUUAUCCAAGUAUUUUGAAAUUAUUUGUCUAAUCCGAUGACUACUUUGCGUACGAGCGUCAUUCAAUUGCGUAUUCCAAAAAUAAGUCUGAUCAAAUAUGAUUUAUUUCAAUCUAAAAGUUCAGCUAAACAUAUGUUUUUGUAGCGGACGCUAACAAAUGAUAUUGCCGGUUGAGGUGCUGGUAACUAUACGGAUUUUAAUUAGUUUUCAAGAAGUAUGAUGCAUUUUCACGCUAGUGUCGCGGAUGUGUUUUCUUUGUUGAUUCUCUCUCUGUAUAUUGAACGCAAUCUUUUGUCUCAGGGCAUAUGGAUACUGCUUCCUUAGUGUUGUUCAUUUAGAUUUCCGUUCGAUAUUAUUGUAUGCAUCUCAAUUUCGUUGGAUGAAUUUAAAAGAAAACGUAUCACACAAACACACAUAUCAUCGUACACAAGGACAUUGAUGCGAAUGGCAAUAUUCACAUUCACACCCACCCUUUUCAAACGUUCGAUACUAGUUUCGUUGAGGACUGUGAAGCAGUAUACAAAACAGAAACAGUUGAAUAUUCAGUCGAGGGUCAAGCGAGUCAUACAGACGAGCGUUACUUGUAUAUAAUAAAAAUGAAAUAUCUUGCAUCAAUCUAAAAUCUAUCGCAUUUUUUGUUUUUUAGAACUCUAGCACUUUUUCUUGCACAAAUUGGCAAUCCUGCUCCAGAAACAGUUGGCCGUAAUUCAACAAGUGCAAAUCAUCGACCUUCAUUCUCAGAAGUUGUCAACUUAUUCCAAUCGAAUGCCAAACCAGUAAAUAUAUAUAAGACAUUAAUGCUCGCCACAACUAUACAACAAGGUGCCGGUUUAGUCAACGCUUUUCAAGCUUUAACAGCUACUACAAUCAUUUCACCAAGUGAACUUGCGUUGAAUGACACAGUCAGACGACAGCAGAUCUACAAGAUUGAAGUAUCCAAUGUCGGUAAUAAGUCAGCUCUAUACACUAUUGGUCAUCGUGGAGCUGCAACGGCCACUCCAAAACAGCCAGGAGACGAUCAGCUUUUGUUGAUACCAAAAUAUACUGCUAACUAUGCUGUGAGUCAUGUUUAA